GUUUACAAAUAAAAUGGCCGAUAUGUGAGGCUAGUUUGUAUGGACAAUAAAAUAUGCAAUUAUGUAAAAUUAAUGACCGUCGGUCGUGCACACAUCCAGACGAAGAGGUAGUCCUGUGAGCGCGAAACGCGGAAAAAGUGCGCGGAACGUGAGUGAGAGUGUGGGAGCGCCGCGCGAGGUAGGUGGAGGUUGUCUCUCUGAAGCCCCGUGGACGCCGCGGGCCCCCGAAAGACCGAAACGCGAGAAAAUCACUUAUGGUCUCCAACACAUAGAAGAGCCGUCUAGCCGUGCGGCGUGCUUUUUUCUAUUGGUGUACAGUGGCGCGGCAACGAUACAAAAGCGACUCCUAGAUCUGUGGGAACAGAUUUCGAAAACGGAAAACGCGGCGAACCUUGGCCGCCUCCGUUCCGAUAUAUUUCCGACGUGCGGCUCGCCUCGUCUCGCACAGCCGUGCUACGUCUCGGCUCGUUUCCCGGGGAGCGCACUGCGAUCCGAAAUCGGCGUGAGCGUCCCGGGAACACGUUGCACGCUUUUAUGACUUUACUCAGAUAAUUCUGCAAAAUUAACCACUUUUGCAGCUCCGUUCUGUAUGUAGUCCGAGUAGCCGGGGGGCUUGCGGAUACCAAGUCUGCAAGCUUGCGAGUAGCGUCCUGCUGCGUUCCUGGCCGAAAGAUAUGACACUCAUGUUUUACUCCCAAGGCCGAGAUACUGGAGCGUGACGGGUACGUUUACUUGGAACCUCUCAAAAUAUUUCCCACGGAUCAAUUUGUUAUAGUGGAGAGGGCUGGCGCGGAAAAUGCAUUGAUAGACUCGGAGCAGCGCAUCGGUACCGCGUCCAGCCAACUUUAUCCAUCUGUCAUACCCCUCACAAAUAUGUGUACCACUCCUGGCAAUGCAGGUGCAGGAUUCGGGUACGCUUGGUCCUUUGGUGGGCCAGGAACGGAGACCCGAGAAAACGCUCAAAGCGAACUCGCCACCAAUAUCAGUUAUGCCGUCAACAAUAAUCAAGAUCAGGGAUCCAGUCAGAAGAUACAAGUCGACAUCAAACCGGCCAAAGUGGCCGCUACCACUCAUCGUCGUCCAAUGUUUGCGAUGAACGAAAGUUGUCAGCAAACACCUACCACGCAUCAUGGCCAUACGGGAGGAGGAGCACAUAAUCAAACGACCCAUGGCACUCACGUUCGUACUAAAAAACAUCACGAUGUAUUUUCAUUGACAUGCGACAAAGGGGGAUGUAAUUGCGAUGCGGCACAUCCUACACCUCCACCUUCCUUAUUCUCAAAUACUUUAGUUUUUACUACAGCCGACAAGCACGCCAUGAGUAAGCACUUCAUGACACCAAUUGGACCGUUGCAGCUUACGGCAGAAGAGUGCAAUGAGAUCUUGAUGAAGAGAGCAGCUGCUGCAUCUAAUCAAGCGAACGCAGCGAAUAACGUUACAACCAGUCAAACGGACAGUACGGCCCAUUUUGGACAUGUUUUGACCCAUGUGAAUACAACGCAAAUCGAAAAAGUCAAACAGCAACAAGAUAUGGGCAGUCAGGUCCGUGUGCCGAAAGAACGACCAUAUUCCUGUUCGGAGUGCGGCAAAUCCUUUCUUCUUAAGCAUCAUCUUACAACACACGCGAGAGUACACACUGGAGAACGACCACACAUUUGCGUUCAUUGUGGCAAAAGUUUUGCGCACAAACAUUGUCUUCAUACGCAUCUAUUAUUACACAGCGCCGAAAGGCCGUAUCAAUGUCGCGAAUGUAAAAAGUCUUUCACCCUGAAACAUCAUCUCGUAACGCAUACCCGCGUGCAUACGCGAGAACGACCGUUUGUCUGUCAAGAAUGCGGAAGAGCAUUUCCUCUAAAACGUCAUUUAGUGACGCACAGUAAAUUUCACUCGGGAGAGAGACCUUACGUUUGCGAGGAAUGUGGGGAGUCGUUUUCACAAAAGGAUCAUCUUACGAUGCAUUCACGUUUUCAUGGUAGCCUACAUCCAUUUGUUUGUCAUGAUUGCGGUGCGACUUUCCAGAGGAAGUUUGAGCUAGUUAAUCAUGGCCGGCUACAUGGCAGAGUUCCACAUUCGUGUACCGUUUGCGGAAAGGAAUUUCUGCAGAAGAGAACACUUUUAGCUCAUAUGCGUUUACAUACAGGCGAGACACCCUUUGCAUGUACUGUUUGUGGAGAAGCAUUCCCUCGGAAAGCAGAUCUGGUCGCUCAUUCAAAGAUUCACAACAAUAAUGCAAAUACUGAUGAAAAAUCUCUCACAUGCAGGGAAUGUGGAUUGGAUUUUCCGAAUCGAGAAGCUCUAAAUUUACACCAAAGGUUACAUACUGGUGAUCGUACACUUGUAACGGAUCUUUGUGGGUUAGCCGCCGCCUUCCAACAAACUCCAGCACAUUUCCUUACUCCGAACACUCCAGGAACUCAUCAGAUGAACGGGCCGAUAGGAACGCCUGGUGUUAGUCAUAUGCAUGGCGCGACGCAAACGUCGCCACCAGUGAGUACAGGACCAAAACCUAAGCCACACAUCUGUCCUGAUUGCGGCCGUGGUUUCGCACAAAAACACGGCUUGUCGCAACAUCAACGACGUCAUACAGAUGGCAGUUGCCACAUAAGAUCACACGUAUGCGACAAAUGCGGCAAAGCUUUCUUCCAGAAAAAUCAUUUGUUACUACAUCAACGUCAGCAUAUGGAUCCACCACCGAGUAUACUUAGACAACAACAGAGACAAGCUGCCCAAGCUGCUCAAGCUGCAGCUCAGCAAGCACAGCAGCAGCAACAGCAGCAGCAGCAAGCGCAGCAACAGCAGCAGCAGGUUCAGCAGCAGCAGCAGCAGCAGCAACAAGUGCAACAGCAAGUACAGCAGCAACAACAGCAACCGCAACAGCAACAAACGUGUGCCGUUGAUACGAAAACGAUUCAACUACAGGCAAUACAGCAACAGGUGCAACAACAAGUGCAACAACAGGUGCAGCAGCAGCAACAGCAGCAGCAGCAGCAGCAGCAACAACAGCAGCAGCAACAACAAACGCAACAACAGCAGGCAUGUUCGGUGGACACUAAAGCAAUACAGUUGAACGUCACCAUGUGAGACGGUAUAAAGAUGAGGGACUGGAGAGUCCUUGAAACAAUAGCACUCCCAAAUGCGCACCCUGCUGCCACCCUCUGCACGCACUUCUCUUGUACUAACAAUACACGUUAGAUAUAUAUUUAUUAUCUCUAGAUUCAAAAAUAAUAAUCAAUUUUAUUACAAGAAUAGAAUAUAUACAAAGAAUAUACAUAUAUAUACACUAUAUUCUAAUUAAUAUAAGGCUUGUAACAAGAAAAUAAAAGUAAUCAUAUAUUAGUGUUUUACAUAUACUUUAUAAAUAUACAAAUAUAAAAAUAUAUAAAUAUAUAUAUAAAUAUAUAAAUAUAUACUCUAGACAUGUAAAAUGGACUAAACAAAUUAGUUGCCUUAACGAGAAGAAGAAUUUUAAUGGACAUAUUAACUAUUAUGUUUGGUGAUUUUUUCAUUUACUUUUAUUUAGUAGGAUAUCACUUUAUAAGAAAACAGGUAUUGAAUAAAUCGAGAUAAGAAAAAAAUAAGUUUCGCCCUGUACCGCUGCUUUGUUGUUAUCCUUCUCAAUGUAUUUGUGCGAUGAUAAUUGAGAGGAGGUAAUCUAUGUGUGAACAAGAGAGCCAGUAACAGAGAAAGAGGAAGCUACCAUAAAAGUUCUUUCGUAGGAGUUGGCAAAGAGAGAAAGAGAGAGGGUGGCAGACACUGCGCAUUUAUAAAGCAUUUUUUAAAGCUUAGAUCUAUACAAGGUAGCAGUUUAGCUCCGCGCAAUUUAUAUUUUUACGUUAAACGAUACGAGCGAAUUGUUCGUGAAAUUUUAGAAAUACGUAAGAAUCCCGGUUUUAUAAGAUCCAAAUAUCAAUAAAUGGAUGUAAAUGUUUUUUCGUGAAGAGUUAACGCGAUGUAUGGACGCCAUAUACGAUUUAAAUAUUAUAUACAAAAAUUAAUGCAUAUAUUAGUUUUACAUCAGUAAAGUUAUAAAAAUUAGACAAGAUUGACACAUGUAUUCUAUGCAGUCAGUGCAACAUCGAAUCAUUCACUAGACUCUGGGAGGCCACGAGAGAUUCUAAGAGCCGUGACAUGUAGAAAAAUUUAAGUUGUAAGAAAAUUGUGACCAAUCAUGUUCUAUUCCUCUUAUAGUCGAGGAAUAAUCAUCUUAUCUCUGUAGACUGAAUACAUGUCGCUAAAAUUCGAUACGUUGUAUCGAUUAUAAAUGACAUUAUAAUUAAAAAGGUUUCAUACUAAUAAUAUAACGAUAAGAAUAAUAAUUAAUUAAUAAUAAGCGGUUGGUAUUUAGUUAGUAGAGGUAAGACGCGUGCAAUCUGCUGCUGAUGAGACCGGAGAGAAAUGGCGCAUAGAAGGAAAAGCAAUCCCUUGCAGCUUCGCAUCUAGUAAAUGAUUCGAUCUUGUUGAUUUAUAUACUUAUACAUGUAUCAAUCUUUCUGUACGUGCACUUCGCGUUUAGAAUCCCAAGAAGCCUUUCCACGUGCUUAAUUAUCUUCAUUAAUUAAAACAUUUUCCCCGUAAUAAACCUCGUGCGCCUCGCGUGUAUUUACAUGCGAGAUUGCUUAGUGGGCUCUUCUAGUAAAAUGCAAAUUUAAUUUUGUCUUCAUCAAGAGUAUAUUACCUAAUAGUAUAGCUAGAGAAUCGGAAGAAAUACGAAUAAAGGUUUCCUACAUAGUUUUAA